AUGGCGAAAACCCUAAAAGCCAUGUUGGUUCCUUACAUCGCUCUAGUCUCCAUCUUUUUCAGCUACUCAUUAGCUAAUAAUAAUGGAAGCCGCAUCAUCAGUGGGUUCACCACAGAAAUCAUCCACAGAGACUCUCCCCUUUCCCCUCUCUACGACCCUUCCCUGACACGGGCGCAGCGCCUCGCCAAGGCCAAGCAACGAGACCUAUUCUACGGGCGAAAGGAGACGGCCCAAGCGCCCAUCAGCCGCGGCAGCGGAGCAUACCUGAUCAAGUACUCCAUCGGGUCCCCCCCAAAGCCCACCGUGGGCCUCCUGGACACGGGAAGCGAUCUGGUGUGGACGGAGUGCGUCCCGUGCCGGACAUGCGUCCGCAGAAGCGUCCCCAUCAUCGACCCCGGAUAUUCCAACACCUACAACGAGCCCAGCUGCGGCUCCCGCGAGUGCACCGAGUACGAGGAGUCCACCUCCUGCGACGUGAGAUCCGACACGUGCGGAUUCAAGGUUGAAUACGGUGACGGGUCCCACGCCGAGGGAACCGUGGCGACGGAGACGUUCUCCUUCGACACCGCGGCGGGGGGGAGGACGUCCUUCCCCAACAUCGUGUUCGGCUGCGCACACGACGUCUUCAACAACGGCAACGAGGGCAACGGAAACGGCGUCGUGGGGAUUGGAGUGGGGCGAGCCUCGCUCCUCUCCCAAUUAGGAUACGACAAGGUGGCCUACUGCCUCAACCCCGACGAAUCCAAGUCCAGCACUCUGCAUUUCGGCUCCGACGCGGUGGUGUCAGGCUUGGGAGCGGUGUCGACGCCGAUGACGAAGAAUGACGCGUUCUACUACCUGAUGCUGGAGGGGAUCACCGUGGGGAACGUGGAGCUGGUUUUCGAUACCCCGGAGCUCGUUCCGGGAGGGAACAUUAUCAUCGACUCUGGGGCAACCGUGACUGAGUUUCCCACCAAAUUCUACUUUGAUUACGAGGCGGCGAUAGUGGCCUCCAUCAAUCAGUCUCCGGUUCGGAAUUAUGAUGGGUGGCGGCUGUGUUACACGCAGCCGAUCUCGUUGCCCAGGAUCACGGUGCACUUCAAAGGGGCGGAUGUGGAGUGGUAUGCAGACAACGUUUUUACAAGAGUGGAUCAGAAUCAUCAGUGUUUGGCGGCGGAUCCUAUGCUGGUUCAUUCUUUUUACGGGAAUGUUGCUCAGGUUAACUACUUGGUAGGUUUUGACGUCACAAACAACAUGCUGUCGUUUAAGCAUACUGGAUGUUGA